UCGACAAUUGAUAGGCCAAGAUCGUGAGUACAUAAAUCGAUCCAAAAGUGGGCGCGGUCAUACAUUUUUGAUGAUCGAAAAAUAUCGACAAUGGAUAGGCCAAGAUCGUUAGUACAUAAUCGAUCCAAAAGUGGGCGCGGUCAUACAUAUUUGAUGAUCGAAAAAUAUCGACGAUGGAUAGGCCAAGAUCGUUAGUACAUAAUAAUCGAUCCAAAAGUGGGCGCGGCCAUACAUUUUUGCUGCGGUGGCGCUGGGGUGAUUAUUACUGGCGCAUGCGUGUUAGCAAAUGACCACGUGUUGUGUAGCAAGUAAUAUGGAGGACAAGGUCAAGCAGGCUAUUAAGCUUCUCGCAUCUAUUGCUGAGAGCUCGGCUGAGAGCUCGGCUGAGAGCACUACACCCAGUACAUCCACUUCAUUGUCAACGCCUUCACAGCAUGGUGUGAGGCAUGGUGCCAGUGGGUCAUGCAGCAGAGCCGUAGAAGCCCUUCGUUCCGUUAGGGAACGACUCCAAGAAGGAACGUCUUCCAGGAAACGACUCCAAGGGGGAACAUCCGAGCAGAAGGCAAACUUUGCCCCAUAUGAGAGAAAGAGUUCAACGAAACACAAGAGUUGGACUGUGAAGUUAGUCUGUCUCAGCAGUACAGAAGCAAAAAAAGUACCCUGCAGUGUGUAUGACCGAAAUGUGCUUGUCAGUGCUGGGUUAGGAGAAAAAAAGACAGUAAUCCCAGACAUAGAAUGCUCUGCAAAGGACUUCAACGAAAUCAUAAUCUCAUCAUUCUCCAAGUUGAAUGGGUGUGGAGGGUUCGAGCUGCUUCGAUGUGUUCCAAAUACUAAAGAUCUGGAAUUAAUUUCACCAGUAAUUGCAGCAUCUCCCAAGGUACUAAAGAGCGUCAUUGGCAAUGGCCGGGUAUUCAUCCGACCCAUUCAAAAAAGCUUAGAUGUCAAUCCUAUAGCAGGAAACUCUAAUGAGCUAAAGGAGAAGUGUUUACACUGUGACAUUAAAGUGCCAGUGGUUGACCUACGUGCUCACGUUAACAUUUGCAAGUGGAAGAAGUCAAGUCUGAGCCGUGGACUCGAAUCAGACAGUGAUUCAGACGACUUUGAAGACCCUGUUCCACCAAGAAGGCCUCCUUUGAGCUUGAAACGAGAACUUCAUUGGGAUAGUGAUGACACUUCCCCCCCACCGAAGAAGCCAACAUCAGAGCCCCUUAUUUCAAUUUCUUCUGAGUCUGACAAUGAUGUUGAACAAACCGAGCAAGAGAUGAUAGACCGUGCAAUUUCUCUCUCUAAGAACAACAGUUCUGAAUCAAUUGCAACAAUAGCAGACCUUCUGAAGUCUCUCUCCAAGUAUGUGACAGGUGAAGAAGUGACUGUAACUGUGAGACGGGAAAAUGUUCUCGACGAUGCUUUACGCACCGUUAGGCGUGGUUCUUUUCCAAUCGACCACACUAUCAUUGUGGAGUUUCUUGGGGAGGCAGGUGAAGAUGGGGGUGGUUUAAAACGGGAGUUUUGGUGUCUCCUGUUUAAGCAAGUGAAGUCAUCUUUGUUUGAGGGGGUUGGAGAUCGCCUGGUGCCAAGGCAUGAUGUUGUUGCACUGCAGAACAAGAAAUUUGAACAUGUUGGCAAUUUGAUUGCUAUGGGGUUACUCCAAGGCAGCAGUGGUGUUCCAUUCAUUGCACCUCCGAUAUACGAGUACUUAUGUGGCGUGAGUGCAGAAUCGGUGAAUGUCAGUGUGGAGGAUGUUCCGGCUUACGAAGUCAAAGAAUAUAUCUCUCAGAUCGAGGCAGCUGAAUGUAAUGAAAGCCUUAGACAGACUUGUCAGAGUGAUAUCGACACUGCACUUGAAGCUGGGUACACCAAACCCAUUGCUUCCAUCACCAUGUCAGAGAAACCUGGGCUUGUAAAAGCACUAUUGCUCCACUUCGUUGUGUACCGAAACAAAGCAGUUCUGGACCAGUUGCGAGCUGGGCUCAACAUUCUAGGGAUGAGGGAGGCCAUGUCCAAGUACAGUGAGAUUCUAAAACCAUUCUUUGUUGAAGGAAUGCAACCACCUCUUUCAGCAAAUAUGAUUAGGUCUCUGAUAGGUGACGUGCAUUUUUCAGAAUCUGGAACUUCUGAAUUAGUCAAAGAGAAAGCGUCGUAUAUGCUUUUUUUGGAUAUGUUGCAUAACAUACAAGAUGGAGGCAGCGAGUCAGGGUUGAGCCUAGGUCAGGUUCUAAACUUCUUCACUGGCAGUGACUACCCACCUGUUUUGGGCUUUGAUAGUCGAAACCCUGUGAGUAUUCACUUCAGCUCCACUUCAAACUAUCCCUUGGCCUCAACAUGUGCAUUGCAAUUAACAUUGCCAACCAAGUUUCAUGAUGAUGAACUCCGGUUUAAAGAAAACAUGGAGUAUGGAAUACUAAACCAUGGAGGUUUUGGAAUGUGCUAACACUAACAUUCGUGUAUUUUUCAGAUAUAAUCAGCUAUCAGUGUUUUUUCGAUUCACAUUCAUUACUACCAUGACAGUUUAAUUUUGGCAUCACAUAUGUAAUCACUUUUGUGCCUCAUCACUUUCGUCAAAUAUAUGGUAUAUACCUUAUAUGAUUGAUUCUAAUAACAAGUUAACAAAAUUAA